CUCUACAACAUCAUUUCACUUUUUCUUGAUUCCACAGUCAUCGAUUGAUAGAGAGAGAGAGAGAGAGAGAGAGAGAGAACAAAGAUGUGUUGGUUUGUGUUUUGUGAUGAAAAGGAGAAAGAAUUAGGUAGGCAGCAAGCAUCUGGAUCAUGUCCCUACUGUGGAGGAAAAGUUCAAGCCGUGGAUGUUGAAACAAAAUGGAGUUUCUGCUUUUUGCCAAUUUGUUACAAAAUCAAGAGGAAGUACUUCUGUUCUUUAUGUGCCAGGCGUUUGGAAUUAUACCAAUGAAUAGCCACAGAAGACAGCUUCUUCUUUGCCUAACCAAGAAAUGCAAGCUUCAAUGGUGAUAACGUCAAGAUUCUGUGUUUGUUUUCUUCCUCUUGUCCUUCUUCUUUGAAUUUUUUAUUUGUUUAAUGUUGUAAAGUUUUACUUAAACUUCUCUUUUACCCAUGUCAAGAAACUUUUCUUGGGUUCUUGUUUAAAUUGGUUAAUUGUUCAUACAAAAUCUGGUAAGUUUUGGAUCUGCUGAUGGAAAAAAAUAAAAAUUAGAACAGGGGAUCUGAAAUGGGUUUUCUUUGAUCUGUUUA